AUGGCCAUUUACAAGAAGAAGAUUACUGUUGAGGACAGUGCUAUUACUUCGGGUGUUCAUUUGACACUGCGACAGUCCUUGCUUCCCAACGCAUUGGUUACUAUUCUGUUCUUCCUAUGGGGCUUCGCUUAUGGCCUGCUCGAUACUUUGAACUCCCACUUUCAGACCACCCUAAACAUCACAGCUACCAAGUCUAGUGGUCUACAGGCUUCAUAUUUUGCAGCAUAUUUCAUUUGCCCGUUGACCAUUUCGGGGUGGAUCGUUCGUCGAUAUGGUUUCCGAGUCACUUUUAUGACUGGUCUUGCCGUUCUUGCAAUUGGAUGUCUUCUUUUCUGGCCCAGUGGUGUGAAGAAAUCAUUUGGAGGAUUCUGCGGUAGCAUGUUUGUUGUCGGUGCCGGUUUGUCUACCCUCGAAACUGCAGCAGAUCCAUUCCUCGCCAUCUGCGGACCUCCCAAAUACAGCGAGAUUCGACUGAACCUGGGACAAGCAGUCCAGGGUGUCGGAACUUUCGUCGCUCCCCUAUUGGCCUCUCGAGUUUUCUUCGCCAACACUGUGGACACGAAUGCUGGGUUGAAGAAUGUCCAAUGGACCUAUCUUGGAGUAGCCUGCUUCGUCGUUUUGCUGGUUAUCUUGUUCUGGCUUGCGCCUUUCCCCGAGAUCACAGACGCGGAUCAAGAGGCACUUGAAGGGCAGAUUGAUCAUAACGAGGAUGUGGGUCCGUUCAAGAAGCAGACUAAUCUGUUUCUUGGUGUCUGGAGUCAGUUUUGUUACGUUGGAGCACAGGUCGCUGUGGCUGGAUACUUCAUCAACUUUUGCGAGGAGUCUGGACGUGACUCUGCUACAAGUUGUGACUUGCCGCGAUUGUUGGCUAACAACAUAUUCUCCUCAGCUGACUUGCUGGCCGUUGCACAAGGCCUCUACGCCGCCAUGCGUUUCAUUGCCAGUGGCCUUAUGAUGAUGAAAGCAUUCAAGCCCCGAUAUAUGCUGUCCGUGUAUCUGGUUCUUUGUGUUAUUUUCUCAAUCGCGGCUAUGACAACCCGCGGGACUACUUCCGUGGCCAUGAUUAUUCUCGUCCUGAGUUUCGAGUCUUGCUGCUUCGCCACCAUCUUCAGUCUUGCACUUCGUGGCCUUGGUCGCCACACCAAACUCGGUGGAUCUAUGCUUGUAGCCGCCAUCUCCGGUGGCAUGGUCUUCCCACCGAUGAUGGGCGCUGUUGUGACCCGUGUCAACGCCCACACCGCCAUGGCCAUCCCCAUGAUGGGAUACAUUCUCGCACUGGUCUUCCCGAUCUACGUGAAUAUUUACAAGAAAGAUAGCAUGGAUCUGCAUCGCAACACGGAGAUCAACGUCACUGUCCAAGUGGACAAGGAGUAUGCCCUGGAAGAUGGCCCAGGCAAGCCCUCUGUCAUGAAUGUGGAGAGGGUCGAAGAUAGGCCUGCCUCUGAGUGA